AAAAGAUUGUUAUAAAUCUAAUGGGUGGAAGUGAUUUGAAUCGUCAUCCCAGAGAAGAAAUGGAAGAGAAUAUGUUAGCUAGAGAACAUAAAUCUGUGGAGGAUUGGGUCAUCGAUAUCAAGUCGAAUCUCAAAAAUGUGAGCCGCCAGGUAGAUGUUGCGGUUUGGAAUAAGCGGUCGAUUUACAGGAUACCGGAGGGCUUCGGGGAUUCCAGCCGCAGAAAGGCCUACAAUCCACAGAUGGUGUCCUUCGGGCCCUACCAUCAUGGCAAGCGCCACCUGAAACAGAUGGAAGAACACAAGUAUAGAGCACUACUUCACUUCCUUGGAAGGGCAAAAACACCUGUCGAUGGGUGUGUGGCUGCAGUGGAGAGGGUGGUGCCACAACUGAUGGAGUCUUAUGAUCAGCUCGACGAGGAAUGGACAGAUAGAGUGAAAUUCUUGAAGCUGAUGAUCCUCGACGGAUGUUUCAUGCUCGAGAUUUUCAGAAAUAGCGACAACAACAUCAGUAACGAUUACGCAGAUAAUGACCCCAUCUUCAGCAAGCAUGGAAGGCUUUGUAAGCUUCCUAAUAUAAAGAGAGAUAUGUUGAUGAUUGAAAACCAGCUUCCUUUACUGCUGCUAAAGACAUUAGUUGCUGUUGAAAGGCGAGCCCCUCAGGACGAUGAAUCAAUAAACAAGCUGGUAUUCGAAUUCUUCACCUCCUGCCCUCUGGUCUAUGCAAUGGGCCCGUGCCUUCAUGUGUUGGACGUGGUUAGGAAGAGCAUGCUUCAAGACACAUCCACCGCACCGAAUCCAGCAGAGGUGAUCUGGCCUGCCACGGAGCUUCACGAGGCUGGAAUCGAGUUCAAGAUGAUCAAAACCCACAGCCUCAAGGAAGUGAAGUUCGAGAAUGGCACCCUCACUCUCCCCCAAAUGACAAUCGACGAUGCGACUGAAUCCAAAUUCCUCAAUCUAAUGGCCUUUGAGCAACUUCAUGCGGGUGCCGGCACUGAAGUGAGUUCAUAUGUAUCAUUCAUGGACAAUGUUAUAGAUACGGAGAGAGAUGUUAUACUCCUCAAUAAAGAAAAGAUUAUCAAGAAUUUUGUGGGGACGGAUAAGGCCGUCGCAAAGAUCUUCAAUGGUAUCUCUCAGGAUUUGUCGAUCGAUCCAGAAAGUAGCCUAGGGAAGGUGCAUGUGGAUGUUACAAAGUACUGCAACAAGCCAAUGAACCAGUGGCGGGCCAAUCUCGUCCACACAUACUUCAGAAGCCCAUGGGCUUUUCUCUCCCUCUUGGCUGCCAUUUUCCUCCUUGGCAUCACUGUCAUCCAGUUUGUCUACGGAAUCAUCGAUUUCUAUCAUCCAAAGUCCUAAAUUCAUUUUGCACUGCCUCUCUCUCUCUCUCUCUCUCUCUCUCUCUCUCUCGAUUUGCGUUGCUCUUUCAUGAUCAUCGCUGUCAUCGUUCUACAUACAUCUUACCGAUAUCCAAGAUUUACACCCACCCAUUUUACAUUUUCUUACACCAAUUCUCAGUUUCGAGAAUUCAAAUAAUACACUUUGGUACGAAUUCAUUCCCAAAAAAAUAAAUGGAAAGCUUGUGCGUGUACACAUCAUUUCCCAUCUUUAUCUAGCUUGUUGGUUUGUUAUCGAUUGAUUUUACUUUUGUGUUGAUUGUGGCCUUAAUUCAUGUGUCUCAUUCUACUGAAAACUCUUUCAACCCAUUUCCGUCCCAAGCCAAACCAUUUUUCUCCAGCACUAUGGUUCAUUUUAGAGGUAUGAUAAUGAGGUCUCU